GCUGCUGGUCUGAUCCUAAAACAACAAAACAGAGACAUACUCACUCACGGCCGGGCCUACGGCCAAGCCUGCACCCGAGAUCUGCUGCCUGUCCCAUUGAAAAGGCUACGGAAGCUUGAUGUCUGUUCAGAACUAUGCUCUAAUUAUACGUAGCCUGGAGAUGUGGUCUGAGGUCAUGCGAGAAUAUAUAAACUGGGGAAAAUUAACUGAAGAAUCUCAGUCUACUUGGGCACGAACAAGCCGUCAUCUAUGCUGGAUGAAGCCUGUCCAUCGAAGUUGCAUCGGGAUCACCCGCACUCUGCCGAUGGUUGUGAGCCACCAUGCGGUUGCUGGGAUUUGAACUCAGGACCUUUGGAAGAGCAGUCGGUGCUGGGAUUUAAAGGCGUGGACCACUACAUGCCUGGCAUGAAUUCCUGCAGCAAACUGGAACCAGGAUCACCACUGUCAGCCAAGGCUAUGACAACUUGAAAUUUUCUUCCAUCUGGGUGAAAUUAUUGAUGAGUCUUGCUGUACAUCCUUGAAGAUGGAGCUCACUAGGUAGACCAAGUUGCCCUGUAACACACAGAGGUCUACCUGCUUCUGCCUCUCCAGUGCGGGGGUUAAAGGUCCCAACAGUCCGAGCCGAGCCUGGACUCCGGCCUGGCAAGCUUGUGGGAUUACGGCUGGCUGGGACCAGGGGUCGGUUCCCUCAUCUACCGGCCUCCGUGGAGCCGAGCUAACCUGUGAACAGCUGGCCUGCCACUGCCCUGAUGUGAUUGGACAGAGAAAAUUCUGCAACCCGUCACCACAAAGCAGGCAGAGCCCAUUGCUCUGACCAGGACCCUGACACUACAGUACCGAAAGGUUGGUGUCUACACUGACUCCAAAUACACACACCACAUCCUCCACUCUCAUGCCUGCCUUUAGCAAGAGAAGGGAUCUCUCCCUUCACAAAAUGACAUCUAUAAUUGCAAAUUAAUCUACAAACUCAAUCAGGCUAUUAGCUUGCCUCUGGCAGCAGUAGCUAUUCACCCCUGGCAGCCAUAGCUAACCACCAAAGUAGCCCAAGGCUACACCUAGGGGGCUCGACAGAAGACAAGUUAAAGGGAAUCUGCUGCUGGCUAAGUCAAAGCUCAAAAGUGGGGCAGACCCUAACACUAAGACUAGCCCCUGAUGACCCUCCCCCUCUUUGUUUCUACUCACCUAGGUCCAACCUCCAUAAGCACAACCGGGCGCCUCCCUGACUUUUCCGUCACUCCUGGACUGAGCGAAGCCUUGCCUUUGGAACUCUCAGGACAGCAUCUCUGUGCCUCCCACUGCCGUGGGCCACUCCUGAAGAGCCAUGGUUCGUCCUUGGGUUUUCUGUCUCCUCCUGUUCCCUUGUUCCUCUGCCUACUCGGACAGCUGGAUGCCCCUGGUAAACCUCACUCAACACCUCCUCCAGGAGGCUAACUCUUCCUUCUCUUCCAACUGCUGGGUCUGCUUAUCCAUCCAAACCCAGCGCUCUCUAGCCAUGCCAGCCCCACUAAGGACUUGGACAGAGACACCCAUGAAACUUCGAAUCAUGUACUCAGCCCGGACCCUCUCCGGCCCAUACCCUAUCACCGACCUUGAGAGGCGCCUCCAGAAUUUCCAACCAUUGACUCCCCACUCCUCUUUUGUCAACCCUGACCAGCGGGCCAUUGCUUUCCUUCAGAUCACCAGCGUGACAGGCAUACUUCCCAUACUUUCUCGGAUCACCUCGGUGAGAUACCCCGAUGACCACGUCUAUGAAUCUGCCCAGCGCCCCAUAUGGGGCUCACUCUCCACCCAGACGAUCCUCACCUCCCAGGCCCCUCUCUGCAUAUCCCGCUUCUUCAAGAAUUCAAACCAUGCCACCUUCGUGGGCAAACUCCCUGCCUCUCUUUGCAAUCACACCUUUCAGCUCUCCCCCUCUGCCAACCACCAAUCCAUAGAUCUGUCCUCCAGCUAUGCAUUCGCCCCAUUAAUGGCCAUGCCAGGGUCUAAAUGGAGAAACCCCUUACGCUUUUCAGGACCCCCUUCCCUGAACUCAGGGAUGCCUCACUACUCCUGCCCGAUAGAUGACAUCCACUGCCACACCUACCCCACCACCCCCUGGAGGUCCUGUCCUUCCUUCCCAGCUAGCACCUGCUAUAAUCUCACCCUAUUCGAGCCGGACAAUUCGAGCCACCCUAUUACCCUGUCUGUGGACACCACAUACUUCAAGAUUAAACUCCAGGGACACAAAGACCCCUAUCCACUCUUUCAGUACCAGCCCCUCAUGGGGGCAGCCCUCUCUGGACAAUAUUCAAUCUGGGAAUAUGAACCCACUGUUAAGAAAAACGGCGGUAUCACUCCAAAUAUCUUCUCCCACCUUGUCUCCUUAACAUACUCCUUCUGCCUCAACUCCUCUGGUGUUUUCUUCCUCUGUGGAAACUCAACUUAUGUCUGUCUCCCGGCCAAUUGGUCCGGCGUCUGUACCCUUGUCUUCCAAUACCCGGAUAUUGAACUCCUUCCCAACAACCAAACCAUAUCUGUCCCGCUUUUUGCUACAGUUCCCUCCUCUGUCCCCGCUUCUCGCCGGAAGCGAGCCCUUCCUCUCCUUCCUCUCCUCGCGGGCCUGGGCAUUGCUUCUGCCCUGGGGUUAGGCAUCGCGGGUAUCACCACCUCAACUGUGUAUUUCCAACAGCUUUCCAAGGCUCUCUCGGACAGCCUAGAUGAAAUAGCCACCUCCAUCAUCAGCCUCCAAGACCAAAUAGACUCGCUGGCGGGUGUCGUUCUCCAAAACCGCAGAGCUCUGGACCUCAUUGUGGCUGAGAGGGGGGGCACCUGCCUCUUCCUCCAGGAAGAGUGCUGCUUCUACAUAAACCAGUCCGGGGUAGUCCGGCACGCGGCAAGGAAACUUCGAGAAAGGGCCUCGGAACUCGGCACAAGCUCGAGUUCUUGGAUCCAGUGGCUGGGGCUAGGACCCUGGCUGCCCUCUUGGUUGACUUCCCUCAUGGCUCCCAUUCUCUUUAUCCUGGUACUGCUGGUUUUCAGGCCUUGUCUUCUUAACUGCCUGACUCAUUCUGUAUCGCGGCGAAUGAGUUCUUUCAUUCACACCACCACCGAAGGACACGUGGACAAGAUCCUUCUGCUUCGAGAGUCCCAGUACAAGAGACUUCCCCAAGAGCCCCCGGAGGAGGAUGCCGUCUAGCAGGGAGGAGCUCGUGAACCAUAACCGACUUCCACCUUGUCUCUAUCUAUGGAUCUGUAGAAAAGAACACCCAUCCGUGUUAGCCACAGCCUUGCCACUUGCAAGAACUAAUCCAUUUUGCUUAAACGGUGGUAGUUUCCCCCAAACCACAAUAAUCGUUCUAGGCUGGUUUUUCUAGAUGCCUGACACCCCUUGCCCCCUGAUAAUGGCUGCCCAUUGGAGAUGUUUAUGAUAUUUAUGAUCACCUACACACUCCAGUCGUGGUGUGGUUCAUGACUCUUUGAUCAUGUCUGCUUUUGACCCCACCCCACCCCACCCCACCCCACCCCACCCCCAUCCCUCCAACUUCGCUUCCCAGUCUGUUAGCGGACAGCGAGCUUUCUGGUUUCCCCCGGAUCUGGAGUCCUCCCUUCCCAAGGUUUAUCUCAGAUUAAACCUGUCCUGUUGAAGAAGCUGCUUAAGUCCUUGUUUGCCCCACCCCUGCCUUGGGCCUUGCAGCCACCACCCUGGGGGCUUCUCAACCAAAGGAAUUUGUCUGGAUGAUGUUGACUCCCCAGUUCCAGAGACAAGGAGAUGCCUCGAAUGCAGUUCCUUUCCUUCUGCUGCAGCCAAAUGAGCAAAAUAAGAAUUUUCUAGAAAGCUAAAUUUACUUAAUUUACAAGCAACUCUAUUAUUUUGAGAGUGGGCUGUGGUCUUACCUCAUGCCACAUGACCUUCCUAUUAGGGGAGAAUGUCCCCCAUAGGCUCCAACAGUGGAAUCCUGAGUCGCCCCCCCCCCCCACGUAGGCGUGGGGUGUGGCCAUGAUGGAGGAGGCGUGCCUCUGGAGGUGAGCUUUGAGAACUUAGAGGAAGGGUACUCUGAGUUUACCAUCUCUGCCUUGCGCUUGUGGUUCUGCUUCUGUUUCGUCUGCCAUUUGCUGCAUGCUUCCCCGCUGUUACAGACUCCUCUCUCCAGCACCGGAAAACAAAUAAACCCUCCCGCUAUA